GCUGUUGCUGACUAAUAUUUUCGUCCCAAGAUAUUUCUCAAAUUGCAUUUAAAAAGAAAAUAGAAGAGAUGCACGGGCGCGUGAAGGUACGGACCACGGAGGAGGAGCGGGAGCGGAAGCGAAAGGAGCAAGCUCUCAAGGUGCGAGCCUACCGCGCUGCCAUGGGAAAAAUUCAGGCGAAGCGGGCGGCAGGCGAGUUGGACAACGAAAUGCUUGGCCUGACUGUGCAAAUCCUGCAACGUAAUCCGGACGUUAGUACGCUGUGGAACAUCCGCAGGGAGUGCGUGCUCGAAAAGCUUUCAAGGCUGUCCAAGGAAGAUGAACCACCGCAGCUUGAACAAGCGGGGGAUCAAGUAGAGCCGGAGGAAAAGAGCACGAAGGAGGCAGUUCCCCAGCAGGAAGAUAAGGCCCAGGCCGUCUUUAGCUGUGAACUGGACCUCACCGAGCAGUGCCUGAUGGUCAAUCCCAAGUCGUAUAAUGCCUGGCACCAUCGUUGCUGGACGCUGGAGCAGAAUCCCCAGGCAGACUGGCAGCGGGAGCUUCAUCUAUGCAACAAGUACCUCAAGUUCGACGAGCGCAACUUCCACACCUGGGACUAUAGGCGCUACGUGACGGCAAAGGCCGGUGUGCCAGCUUCCCAGGAACUGGACUUUUGCACCGAGAAGAUCAAGGUGAACUUUUCCAACUACUCCAGCUGGCAUCACCGCAGUCUGCUGCUCCCGGAACUCUAUCCCAACGAGCAGAGAGACCGGCCGAUGAGUGAGGAGAAGCUGCAGCAGGAGCUAGAGAUGGUGCUUACAGCCGCCUUUACAGAUCCUAAUGACAGCAGCGCCUGGUUCUACCAAAGAUGGCUGUUGGGCAGUGGCGCCCAGUUGGAUAGGGCUCCCAGAAUAGCUGCCUUUCGGCUGGGGUCCACGGGAGCCGUGAUCGCAUUGGAUAAACCAACCCCAGAUCUGGAUGAACUCAACAUCGAACUGGUUGCUGGUGAGCAAAAGGUGCUGCUAUCACCCUGGCUGCCGUUGGACAAUGCAAAAACGACCUGGGAAUCCAAGUCAACCUUCGACUACCAAAAGAACUCAAAAUACACCCUUAAGCUGUCCGACCAGGAGCUAAAUCUCCUCCCUCUUCCUGAUAGUGAAGACGGUAUCUUCUACUUUGCGCCACCGCAUGCCGCUGCUAGUUGCAGCCAAGAACUACUCGCAGAGCUGAAAACGCAACUACAAUCGUGCCUAGAUCUUCUGGAAUACGAGCCAGACAGCAAAUGGACCCUACUAACCAGCGCCCUGCUAAUGCGAGCUAUUGAUGUCUCAGGAAACCACACGAAGAGCUUGGAGCACCUGGCCAAGCUAGAGAAAGUGGAUGCUCUGAGGGAAGGCUACUACAAGGACUUGGCUGCGAGGUGGACUUUGGAGCUGGAGUUGGCCAAUUGGCCUCAGGCUCCUGGAUUCCCCAAAACGUUUGAGUUGGCCGAUGAGGUAGCGCUGGCAUCACUGCCUUAUGGACAAUACUUGGUCAUUGCCGAUGAACUGAAAAUGGCCGCGAAACUCAGGGAGGAGCUGGGCAACCGAGUGCCUAAAACCUUUUCAGAACUGAAACUGUAAGAGAGUUUUAUGUACAAUUUCGAACGGUAGACAUGGUUUCCAUAUAUAAGGCUUGAUAUGUAACCCAAGGCAGAUUCCGUUGCAGGCUUUAUUUAUUCGGUGCUUAAAAAAACUUUAUUAUACACGCAUUAUUGUGCUGAUCAGGAUUCAAGUACAUUAAAUCCGAAGCAACAUUCUAUUUAGCAAUUAAUCCUAUUUAUACAGACAUAUAUUUUGUACAUAAUUGAACAUAUUAUUAUUACUCUUUAUUAAUAAAUAGAAGUG